AUGAGACCGCAGAGGAAAGAACAGGCCUUCGAAGUUUUCGGCACAAUCCUCCGUUCAGGUUGAAUUACUCUUGGAGUCUUUGACUUCAAUAGUUGCUCUCUCUCUCUCUCUCUCUCUCCCCCUCCACAUGCAGACUUGUUUCAAUUCUGGGGCGGCGAAGAUACCUCAUCACUUCCUUCCCCUUUUUAAUUAAAUAGAAUAAUCCAGCAUUUUGAUUUUCCUGCCCCCUUUUUCAGCAAUUCACGCAGCAUUGUUUAUAUAGGUGUCCCUGAUUCACCAUUCCUGGACUAGUGUGGUUUUUCUAGCUGUUAACGCUUUGAAAAUUUUCAAGGUUCUCAUCAUAUUAACUAUGGAAAUAUUGAUCGAGUUACUGACGAGAACUCGCACCUUUAGUUCGUAACUCUUUGAGAUGACAAUACGUGAAAAUGCAUUUCCAGAAGACACACAAUGGAGUGAGGGAGAGGCACGUGUGAUGAAGGAAUUCUGGACACAGCUGGUUCAAGUUCUUUCUCCUGAUAUUAUCUUUAUAGCAGAUCCUGAGGGUACAAUAAUAGGAGGCAGCUCUGUUGUCCCUCAAUUUCUUGGCCAGAGCACUGCUGAGAUGAGAUUGGUCGGUGCUCUAAGAGAGGUGCUAACAGGUGGGCAUCUGGGUUUUGAGGAGGUGCAAGGUGUUUUAAAGGAUGUUCUUCCUCUGGAGCCUGAGAAUGGAAAGUUGAAAAAGGUCAGUGAAUAGAGAGACAGACCGUGAACUGAAGGCCUAUUGCCUUGCUUUUGAUGGGGAGCCAGGUGAUAUAUAUUCUUUGGCUAUCUUUUUUCCCAUUAGGUUUUAAGAAAAUCGUUCUGACAACUUUUCUAUUUAUCAGGCUCUACUCCUGUGGCACAUUCUUCAGGAGCACAUUGUUUGUUGUCACAGUGAGAGCUUGUUACUGAGAGACUAGCCUACUUCAUGGUGUUGAUUGGAUGCCUCCUAAGGUCCAAAAAGAGCUGUUCCUUUUAUUUUAUGUACUGUAUAAUAUCAAUUAUUUCCAACUUUUUAUGCUUGCUUGUUCAAUUGUUGGGCAUAUUUUUUUCAAUCUAUUUAAAAUGCUGGACCUUGUGGUUUCUAGGGGGUUGUGAGAGAAGAACAAAUGCUGAAAUUCAUGGGUUCAAAUACCCAUUUGUCCCCGUUACAAGCAAAAAAGCUCCUCAAUGUGCAUCUUGUAGUUUCUUGUGGUUGGUUUCCUUGAAUGCAGAUGGUUUUGAUAUUUAUACAUCUUCCUUUCUUUUUUCAGGAUGAGAAUGUCGGUCUGGCAUAUGUAAGUCAACGCGAAGCAUGCCCUUCUCUGUAUGUGCUCUCACUACUGUAUCAUUGUGUAGGUUUCAGUGUCUUAUUUUUGACGUUCAAUGUCUCUCUAUAUGCAAUUUUUUUUUUCAAAAGAAGACCAUGAUUUAGCUCAAUGCUCUCGGAUUCAUAUAGCUUGUACAGUAUAGUGGAACAAUAAUGUUCAUCCGCUGAUCAAUUGUUAGUUUCAGUUUAGGUAUUGACUAUUUGUAGCAUGCCUAAUCUCUUUUGGAAAUCAAAGUUUCUCUUGAACCUUUCUUUUUUUUGCAUCAGGUAGAGUAAUUUGGCUAAAUUUUCACAUUGUUUCCUCAGUUAUGAUUUCGCGCACAUAAAUUAGUUCUGUCAGUGACACUUUGUUCGAAGUUUCUCCUUCUUCUACUUGGGUUAGGUAAUUUAAUGAUCAGUGCUAAUUCCAUUUGAUUAAAUGGUGUUACCAUCUUAUUAUUUGGAUCUGAUUAAUACAAAACUACGUCAGUCAAGAACAAAUUCGUAUAUAACAAACUAUUGUAGGACCCCGGAUUUUGAAUUAUCUGAGCUCAUACUUAUACUAAUCUCCACCCGAGCCCAUUACUGCGAGAGGUUUUCUGUCUGGAGUGAGCUGGCUAACUUGCCAUCUUUGGAUACCUUUCCAUUCCUCAGGUUAUGUUCUGGAAGCAUAUCCACACAAAAUAGGCAAAAACAUUUCAAAUUAUCCAGCUGUCGGUUCCGUUUUUUCUUGCAGAUUAGUUUGGUUUUUAUGAAGUCCAUGUGCUCAUUAGCUCUAUAAUUCCUACAUUGACUCCAGAUGUGCUAACAUGAGGCAUUAUUUUCAACGUUUUAUUCACAUUUAUAGGUUUCUUUUGGGUGAGCAUAUUCACAAGGAGGCUUCUUCACACUGCAACCGGUGCAGUUGUCGCUGCCGGCGUUGGCAGAGAAUCAGGUGGAGCCAUCCUGUUCGUAGGUUGAGUUCUUCGAGAUUGAGCCAAUCAUUCUUAUCUCCGUCUCAGGUUGACUUCUGCACAUGCUUCUACUCCUCCUCCUCACUAAGAUAUUCGUUAAAAUAAGGGGUAAACUUGGGCCGGAAGUCUUCAUGGUCCCCCUGCAAUCGAUCCCACCAUUCUUAUUCACCACGGAUCUUUUGGAUGUUCUUGGCAGUAGAGAGCCCAAAGGGUAGCUUCUUCAGCUGUGGACAGCCAUAUACUUUGAUUUCCUCCAAGGAAGGAAACAACAAGGGAUGCCUACAUAUGCUCCUCAACUUUGGAAGACCAUCUAAGUAAAUCUCCUUUAAUUUGGGAAAAAAAGAAUCAUUUCCACAAGCCACGUUGUCCACCAUCACCUCUUCGACUACCAUCAACUCUUUUAUUUUCGAGCAUCCCCUUAGCGUUAACUUCUCAAUGGACGGCUGUUGUCUGAUCCAGGUUAUGUCCUCCAAUGCUUCACAUUCCACAAAGGUCUUGAAGAUGGCAGCUGUGGUGGGCCCCCUCACAAACACGUUGCCAUCUUUCCAAGAGAUCUUUGCUCGGGGAAGAUCUUCCAAUCUCAGUUCCUCCAGCUUCAAGAGCUGGUUCGUGUUGAAGACCAGCUCUUCCAAGUGGGUAGAAUCCUUAAUCUCAAGCUUUCUCAGACCCUUCAUAAUCUCAAGAAAAGCAGACAAAUCUAAAGACCGGAUUCCCACCGCUAUCAGGCUUAGAAAUCUGAUCGACGCACACAGUCUCUGAGAGUUCUGUAAACCCUCCAUGUCUUCAUGCGUCAUGCCCCAUACAGGAAGGUGGAGCUCCGUCAGCUGCCCCAUGCCCUCCAAGUCUUUCAGACAGAGUUGUCUUCCCUCAUGACCACUCACACAAUCGCCGCCACCCUCCUCCCAUCCUCCUCUCAACUCAUAACCACUUUUAGAAAUGUUCAACGACUGCAGGCCUUUAAGCGAUGCGAUUGCCUCGCGUGGGAUUCUCUCCAGAUACAAGGAGCCCUCCAAACGCAGCUGUCUCAGCUUCGUCAACCUCCCUACCUCCAUGGGCAAUGAUUCCAGGAGAGUCCCUGAUAGAUUGAGAUACCGCAGUUCAACCAGUGACCCGAUUUCUGGGGGGAGAAGACUUGUUCUCGUAUUCGACAGAUCUAAAACACGAAGUCUCGACAUGAACAGGAAAAACCCACCGGGGACUUCCCUCAGAUGAUGGUCGUUGUCAUUCAGCAACAGCGUCUGUAGACUGGGGCAACGAGGCUCCACAGGGAGCACGUCUAUCUUGUUUACCAUGAGAGAUAUCCUUCUCGCCUCCGUCCAUCUUUCCGGCGUCGACACGCGGGUCAACCUCUCCCCGGAGUUCACCAAGAAGACAUUCCCGUUCUCAUCUCCUUCGCCGCUGGUUAUCCACAAGGCCAUCUUGCGGAUCGUGCCAUGGAGCUUCACGUGUUUUCCUUCGAUGCGCCCGUCUUCUAGCAGGCAGGCAGCCUUGAGACUGGUGAUCACACUGAGGCCGUAGUUACGAGCUCUCUCAAUGGAGUCGGGAUCGUGUCCCCUAUCUAAGAGCCCUUCGCCUACCCAGUAAUCAAUGAGCUGACUUAUAUCGAUAUCGUCGUCCUCUGGGAAGAGGGCGCAGUAGAGAAGGCACUCCCUGGCGGAUGUAUCUUUCAAUCUGUCGAAACUAAACUUGAGAAGAGUUAGAACCUCUUUCAUGUCUCCGAGCUCCGCGGGCAUGUCCUUCAGCGCCAUGAGAGCCUCUUCCCACUCGCCAAGGGUGGUGGCACCCGCCAUGGCCCGGCCUACGGUGAUGAGAGUGAUCGGCAGGCCUCCGCAUCCUUUACAGACGGCUUCCGCGAGAGAUCUCACAGAGGAAUCCCACUGGUCUUCUCCCUUUCCCAGCUUUUGGCAGAAGAGCCUCCAAGAGCUCGCUAGAUUCAAGAGGGGCACCUUAACUUUCCGGUGAGAGUCCAUCCGGUUGCACACUUCUAGUGAUCGUGUGGUGAAGACUACCUCGCUUCCGUUCCUAAUGGAAGAGGAGGAGAAGGGGACGCCUACAGCGCCGAGAUCUAGUUUGUCCCACAGGUCGUCCAGCAGCAGAAGGAACUUCCUCUGGGAGAGGCCCCUCAGCAGGUUGCUGGCCCUGUCCUUUAGAUUCUCUGGAAAGGGCGGGUCCCGGCCCUGGCCGGGCCGAGAGUAUCCCAACCGGACGGCGAUUUCCUCUUGAACCUUCAGGACAUCAUGCUCCAUGGAGACGGUGACCCGAAUCACCAGAUCGAAACGGCCGGGAUCCCUUUGGAGGAGCUCCUCGUGGAUGGCGUUCAAGAGGGUUGUCUUCCCUAUUCCUCCCAAGCCGUAGAUCCCGAUGAUUCCCGCUUCAUCGUCCUCCACGAGACGGCGGAUCUCCGACAACAUCUCCUCCGCGCCCACGAUCGAGACUGAGGAGCUCGGGAGCGGAACUACCGCAGGCUGCGGCGCCUGGAUGAGGAAGGGGAGAUUGUUCGUUUGGGUUCAGCCUCUGGACUUCUUUCAGGCAUUCGGCAGCUUCACAGCCGAGCCGAUAGGACGAUUGCAAAGAAGAGCGCUCAGAGGAGUCCCCCCCUCUGCUGGAAGGAAACACGGAAAUCGGCCGCCCUGGCCUCGAUCUCCUGCACCUCGUUGAGCCAAGUCUGCGUCUGGUGGGCCGGCCUCUUGUUCUCAAGCUCGCCGUUGCUAAUCUCCUCCAAUAGGUCUGCUCUAAUGUCCGUCAGCUCUUUCAUCUCCCUGGCUAGCUCCUCUGCCCUGGAGUUCAGCAGAAUGACAGUGAAGAUUCCACCGGCGACCAGAUUCCACACCCAGGAGACGGUUUCCCCCGUGUUGCUCUCCAGGAAACUUUGCAGAUUCAUGCUGAUAAUCUCUACGCAGUGAGGAAGGAAGGGAUCGGAGAGAGAGAGAGAGAAAUGGGUGCCUUUUCUGCCUAG